AUGUCGCCAGAUGCAGAAGAGCGAUCAGAUAAGAUGGCGACGGCGGAGGGGAGGCAUGCAUGCUUCUGUAGCGAUGCUGCUGCUAAGCGAUGGAUAUAUUAUGACGGUGGAGAUCGGGUGCCAACUGGAUCGUCCCCCUUGCCUGGUGUGAGUGGACCUGAAGGAGGCAGCGGCCCUGCGCAGCCAGCAGCCAGCAGCGCUGUGAAAAGGCGAGAACAGGCAGUGCAGCAGGCGCACCCGCUCGCUGUCGCUGUGCAGCAAAUCGUAGCCACGCACGCAGGAUCAAGUAAGAAAUCAUCAUCAUGCACCACCACAAUAGGCACCGCAAGCCGGCCCCGGUCUCGGCUGGAUGGAUUUCCCCUACGACGUACGUUUGCCUUUGCCUUCGUGGCUUGCCGUGCCCGUGCCACGGGUACUGUAAUCAUAAAAGUUUCGUGGGAUGAGUGCAACAAUACAAGGACGGGAUGCAUUCUGCAUGAAGAGGUACGCCAGCGCACCUCAACGAUCAACGUCUUCCCCCGAAUGCUAGUGAUCGGUGACGUCCAGUCCAGCGAAAUCCAACCGCUUGACAACGUGCAACGUGGUGAAACGAGAUCUCACGUCUCAGGAACAGGCCAGCCGUUCAGAGGCGCCGUCUCGAAAAGGGAAAAGUCGAAGUCGGUACGGGCUAAAUACAGCGUCUUCGCGCAUCGGAAGGCUAUCAAUUUUCCCCCAUUCUGGGCUAGCAAGGGUUUGGGCCAAUUGAAAACUCGGCUUCGCUACGCUGUACAGCUGCGCAAAUACCCGGCCGGACAGCGGCCAACCGUAGUGUUGAGCAGUAGCCUGACGACAGUGUGCGAACGGCCGAACAAGGAAUCAUCAUGGCUCAUGCAACUUCGGCCCCUCCAAAGACAGCUCUUGUCCAUAUACCAGCUUCGGCAAGAUACAAUAAUGCUGAUAUGGCGGUCUGAUAGGGCGAAACAUGCAUUGCAACCUUAUUUGAUGAUGACUGUGUUUGCUGCACGAUCAUCUGAUAUCAUCCCGCUCUCUCGACUCAGGUAUUUAUCAUAA